AUGGGCACAUUCUCAUUGCUCCUCAUGCUCACUCUCCUCAAUCUCUUGAUUGACUCUUCACCCUCUUCUUCACUUGGGAGUCAUCAUUCUCCUCAUGUGGGAUGUUCACUCCAAUCUCAAACUCUCCUUGCUUCGCUCUCACUACUAAGGAUCAUUCCUUCUUUUGGUUCUCCUUUCCUCCCUCACUCUCUCAGACAUCUUCUAUUCCUCCUUGGUUUCUCUUUUGAUAUCCUCCUUGCAUCCUCUUAUUCAUUCUCCCUCUCCUUUGUGAACGCUGCUUGCUUCCUUCACCUCUCAACAUCUUAA